UGUUAGUUAUAUGUAAAAAUCUAAGUUGAAAAGCUGCCAUUUGGUUACUCUAGUUUAUUUCUUUCUUUCUACUUCAAGUAAUUCAACAGUUGAACUUGUUUGUCUGCCUCUUCCUUCUCUCUGUUAAGCUUAACCAAUCCUAAUCAUUUCUGACUCCAACAUUACCUUAUUCUUGAUUGAAAAUACUGUCUGCUUCAUGGUUUUUUUUUGUCUUCGAUCUAUUUUCAGUAAAUCUUUGGUAAAUAUCAGUGGUAUCUGAUCUAAUUCAUGAGAAUGCUCAGUUUUUUCUGGUAAAGAUCCUUUCUUUCUGUCCCAAGAAAAGGCUCUUUUUUUUUUCCUUUUUUUUUUCAAUUUCAGGUGGUGUGAGGAGAGUAUUAUGAUAGGUUGAGGUGGGUUCUUGGUAAGAAUAUUGAUUCAUCAAUGGCAGAAGAAGAUCUGAUAGAACUCAAGUUCAGGCUUGCAGAUGGCACUGACAUAGGUCCAAACAAGUAUAGUCCAGCAACCACUGUUGCCUCUCUGAAAGAGAAAAUAAUUGCACAAUGGCCUAAAGAUAAAGAAAACGGUCCGAAGGUGGUGAACAAUUUGCAGCUCAUUCAUGCUGGAAAGAUACUGGAGAAUAACAGGACGAUUGCCGACUCCAGACUCCCAGUUGUUGAACUUCCAGGAGGUGUCAUCACUAUGCAUGUUGUUCUACGCCCUCAUUUACCCGACAAAAACAAUAAACUGCAGAAUGAUCAUCCAAACAAGUCCAGGUGUUCAUGCACAAUCUUGUGACUGCAUGUUAAAGCUUCUGUACUGUCUUUAGAGCUUCUGUUUGUUCCCAUUAGAUGUUUACCCAAGUACAGCUGAGAAAAUUCUGAUUGUUGGGGGAGUUGCAGGAUUUCAAGGGGCUUCCAAAAGGAAAAGCUUGGAGGUCUUUGGUCAAGAUGUUUAUUUACUGCUUAACCUUGUGGUUUACUCAACUAAAAUACCUUGCAUUCCUUCAUUGGUUGUGAAUGAAACAAAAAGAGAAAAAAAAGGUAAAUCAUAGGGAUAAAAAGAAUUGAUCAGUUCUGUUUUA